AUGGAACAUCACCGGACGUCGGCAUACCACCCCCAAUCAAACGGAGCUGUGGAAAGAUUCCACAGGCAACUAAAAGCAGCCAUAGGAUGCCACGCGGACGGCAGUUGGACAGAGGUCUUACCGGCUGUCAUGCUCGGAAUACGAGCCACCUUCAAGGAGGACGCUGAGGCUACAGCAGCUGAGAUGGUAUUCGGCGAAGCUUUACGGCUUCCUGGCGACCUGAUAGAAGGCGACGAACACCAGGAGCUGUCCCAAUUCGUGGAACAGUUGCGACGACGAAUGAAAGCUUUACAGCCGGUGCAACGGAAAGAUCACGGGAAGAAGGCAAUAUUCGUGUUCAAGGACCUCGCGACAACGUCGCACGUGUUUGUGCGAAACGAUACGGUUAAAAAACCGCUACAGCCGCAGUAUAACGGACCAUCUUGUGUAAUACAGCGAGGCGAAAAGAACUUUAUAGUACGAAUUGGCGACCGAAACGUGAACGUGUCAAAAGAAAGACUGAAACCCGCGUUUAUUUUAAGCAAUAUCGAAAACCAAGUACCUGUACUUACCAAAGAGUUCAAAAGAAAGACUGUGCUUUUCGACGAAACGCGAAAUACUUACCAAUAG